AAGAACAAUCACGACUCCCAGAACGCAAAUAUCCUAUAUAUGGCUUGAAAAGCCAGACUGGAUCACUAGUAUUCCAGCUCGUGUAUUGAAACCAGAGCCCACGCCGACUAGAUCAUAAAUAUGGAGAAAGUGGUUAUAUUUUUAGCAGCACUGUCGGCGUUUGUGGGAACCGCGGCGGCCGUCAAUUGCACAACGCUCGCAGACGGCGUCUACGAGACCGGAUGUCGCUCCUACGCCGUCUGUACGGGAUCUAAGGUCACCAUUGUGGAAUGCCCAGAACACAAGGUCUACAACAACCAGACCGGCAGAUGUGAUAAUGUGACCAACGUGGCACCACCUUGCGGUCUGAUGGUAGACUGCUCUACCCAGACAGAUGGGCGUUACCCUGAUACUUCCAACAACUGUCAAUCGUGGUACACGUGUAAUGACAAAAAGUUCCUCGGUCACAACUUCUGCCCAGAGGGCACCGUUUUCGACUCUACACUCAGCACGUGCAAUUGGAAAGACGCGGUAGCUCCACCUUGCGGCACACUGUCCGGUUAACACGUGCUGGCAUGUAACAAGCAAUCAAAGACUGAAGAUUAUUUAACUUUACUCAUUACCAAUUAGCAAUCGGCAUAAACGUGUGUUGGUACACAUUGUUGUAUUGAUUUUUAAAUAUAUUUACCGUAACCGAUACGACUAUAACUGCAUGCAUCUUGAAUAAAUUAUUUUAAAAUGCG